CCGAACGGAGGACUAGUGGGCCGAACGACACGAGAGAUCAUGCUGUGAAAUAUUUCAGUUUGUUUUGCUUGGUGUUGCUGUCCUAACGAAAACAUGACUUAACCUUUAUUAAUAUUAUUUUUUCUAAAUGAAAUCUAUACAUAGGCAUUGAAAAAUGGUUUACUUACAUUUUCCAUCGAAUUUGACAGAGGAAGAGUUGAUGCUGCAGGCAAAAUACAACAAAUUGAAGAGAAAAAAAAAAGCCCUCCAAGACUUAAAAACUCCUAAACCAGAGCCGGAACGAAUGCCCCAGGCUCCAAAACGUCCAACAGAAGCCAGAGAUGCUCGUGAGGUGGCAAAAAAACUGAUAAAAUCAGGUGUGAUCACCGCGCCUAAGACUCCAAAACGACCAGAGCAGUCGUUCAAGCGUCCUCGAGGUUUAGAACGAAAACUAAACAGCACAGAGAAAACUGUUUGUUCAUACCAACCUUUCUCAGCAACACAAUCAGAGGAGGAGGAGGCCGAGGCAGCCGCUAGACCUCGUGUCAAGGACCUGUAUGACAGUUUUGUAAGUGCCCAGAGCACUGAGGAAAAUCCACCAGCUGUUAGACCAACCCCAGCUAAAAUUGAACAUAAACCGAGGACUGGUAACACAAUAUUUGUCUGCGGAUAUAAGAUAUCUGAAGAUUUCUUGAAGAAACACUUCAGUUCAUUUGGAAAUAUUAUCAAUAUCACGAUGGAAGCUGAGAAGAACCGAGGUUUCGUGACAUUCGACAAGCCUGAUGCAGCAGAGCGGGCAAUAAACGACAUGGACGGCAGUAUGGUGUCGUCAAUCCAACUGAAAGUCUCCCUUGCUCGUCGUCAGCCAAUUAUUGACCCAAUAAAUGACACCACAUCCAGCUCCAUGUGGUCCUCGAUAGCAGCGAAUUACUCUCAAAAAUCAGCCCACAAAGACCGAAGGGAUAUGAAGGUUUACGAGGAGGAUCUUUUCCAGUGAAAGACAAAAUUAGUUGACUAUUCUCUUGUUCAUUUGUUUGUAAUCAAUGAAUACUUCAUGUAUUAAAGCAUAUAAGUAACAAUUAUUCAUAGACUCAACAAUUGUAGAAAUAUAUGUGAAAUAUAAUAUUAAUUAUGUUAUAGGAUUAUUAUACAAAGUCACUUGUA